ACAUGUUACACUAUCAUCAUCAGCACUUUCGUUGGUAUGCGUUAUUUGUCUAGGACCGUAAGCUCCCUUAGGCCAAUGGGAGCUGACGUUUUGGUCACGAGGAGUGACGUAUGGCCGGCUUUCGUUAUUUGAAGAAACUGGCGGAAAACACGGAGUAGAAAAGAAGAGAUUCAGUCUGAAAGAUAACCGUCUCCGGGGUCAACUACCCGGACCCUUUCGGCUGCACAAUGUCGGAACUGGAUGUUACCCAUUACAGCUUUUACGUCGACGAAGACGACGAGAGCAUUCUGAUUAAUGAGGAAAAGCUGAAGUCGUCUGGACUUCCCUACGUCCGGCGUUACCGUACAAAAAGCUGUAACAGCAGUCCGGCCAGCAGCGCGGCCCCUGAAAUGAGUCGCUACAACGGGUCUGCGGACAAUUCGCUGUUCGCGGCUGACGGGUCAGCACGCGACGGUGGGUCUUCGGCCGACGAUUGUAUCGAUGGCCUGAAUAAACUGAAGCUUUCCAACAUCGAUCAAGACAAGGAAAACAGAGAACCUUCUCAACCGAAAGAGGUUGUACACCUUUUCUCCGAGAAAUGUCAGCGAACUUUGAGCCAUAACGAACGUAUGGAAGCCUGCGCCGAGCCCGAAGGUGACAUUCUGGCGCAGUAUUUGGAGCCGCAGCACUGUGAGCCAGUGACUCGUCAAGGAACUUUGGAACAGCCAAGCAAGCAGAACGCUUGCGAAGCGCAGCUAGGUGAUGAGGAUGGUAGUGUAGUGAUGAGUGCUCCUCUCGCCAUGUCCACACCGCGUCCCUCGAAAGUUUCGGGGCUAAACCAGCCGACCUGGCACGCGAGGGCCAACGCAGAGACAGCAGAAGUCGGCACUCUGCCAAGUCCCUCAACAGGAAAUGAACAAAACUUUUGCCGUGAAUUCUGUCCCCAACCCUGUGACCAGAUGUGUACGAAUGUGGUUGACCCUGUGAAACAGCGCCUGUCGUUUGGCUCCAGUGAAAGUACACAGGAAGCCAAGGCAGAACAUGCAUUUGAUAAUCAACUGUAUUGUAGUGGUGUCAAACCAUUGCCUUCCUCUAGUCACAUUGAAACUAAUCAAGAGCUUGUCGCACAUGUGCCCACUGAGAUCCUGGUGUGCGAUAAGAGUUUCAUUGUCUCACAAAAACCCGCCAAAGAGAAGCUUCAGACAGCAGCAUCAGUUGCAUCGUCUUACAGUGGGAAAAAUGAGCUGCAAAGCCCGGCAAUGACCACCUCAUCUUCCACAGAACACACAUUGAAGACUUCAGAUGAUGCUCUUGCAGAACAAUGCAAACAGGACUGCCCUACUCGUGUAGUCGCAAGUCUUGCCACAGAAUCCGAGUGCUUGCCCAUAGUUCUAAGUGGUGUGGAGAUGGCCUGUCAGACAUCUUUCUGCUUGGGUAAUGUUCCUACUGCAAGCACUGUCUGCAUUACACCAGUGAAGCCCUUUACCUCGCACAAGUCACCACAAAAGGGAGCUGCCAGUGCCCCUGCUAAGCCCUCUUUAAAUCGCCGAGAGAGUAAUCUGGCAGGAUCUGUUCGAGGCCGCUGUCGCACUCCAUCGAACAUACCAUUGCGGAGCUGGAAUUCACCCAUUGUUUCUACGAAGCCCAGGAAUACUGUGUUCAAGGUACCCACACCUGUAUCUGGAAAAACUCCAGGUAAAGCUCCAGUGAAGACUCCAGUCAAGGCUUCAGUAAACAGUCCAGUAAAGGUUGAGCAAGGUCAGGCCCGCCCUGGCACCCCACGGAGUGUUGGGAAGGGCGCACGGUCACCCUGGUCCGUCAUCAGCCCUGUUGCUCGGUACAUACACGAGAACCCAGCACCACCGCUGAUCCAGAUUGUGAGACCCCGAAAAUCUCCGUCAGCAAAAUCCCUGACAGCAGCCACCUCACCUGUUCACGUGUCCACUUCAUCAGCAUCUCCACGUUUGUGUACUGGCUCGCUGCCAGACAAACGCUACCAAACAUCAAACAUGGGAAUCCUUCAGAGGGCGGGUCUUGAUCCCAUGGUAAAGCCUUCCAAGCCUGUAGUCAUCAAGCACACAGUUUCCUCGGAGGCUCAUGACCACAGCGUCCCUGAAAUGGAGGCAUCUGUAAUCCAAGUCAUCCGCCACUGACCGUCGCCGGUGUUCAGCUGCUGUCAUGUCCAAAUCAAUGCAACUCGCACAAGUGUCAUG